UCGCUCGAACUACAGCUCCCAGAAUUCCGCGGUGAAACCUUACGUUUCUGUCUUCCUGUUUGGGUGCCGCAACUGGAAAAAUGGCUGCCGAUUCAGGGAGAUACAGGAGUGCCGUUAGCAAAAACAAAGACCCGUCUGGUCUUCUUAUCUCUGUCAUAAGAACUCUGUCCAGCAGUGAUGAUGUGCAGGACAGGGAGACAGAAAAGGGCCGUCUGGAGGAAGCAUUUGAGACAUGUGACAGAGACUUAGAUGAGCUGAUUGUUCAGCAUUAUGCCGAGCUCACUACUGCAAUCAGGACCUACCAAAGCAUCACAGAGCGGAUCACCAGCUCCCGGAACAAGAUUAAACAGGUGAAAGAGAAUCUGCUGUCUUGUAAGAUGCUGCUGCAUUGCAAAAGGGAUGAGCUGAGAAAGCUAUGGAUAGAAGGCAUCGAACACAAGCAUGUCCUCGAGCUACUUGAUGAAAUUGAAAGCAUCAAGCAGGUGCCUCAAGAGCUGGAGGCAUAUAUGGCAAGCAAGCACUACCUUCAUGCCACAAAUAGGCUGGUGUCAGCUGUGGAGUCUCUGGAAGGCCCUCUGCUGCAGGUGGAAGGGCUCGGCGAUCUGCGUCUGGAACUGCACAGCAAGAAGCUCAACCUCCACCUCGUUCUCAUUGAGGAGCUGCACCGACAUCUCUACAUCAAGUCCACCAGUCGCCUGGGACACAAGAACAAGGACAAAAACACUGCUCGCCUUCCAGGCUCCACAGUCAAAGACGCAUCACCAAUGCCUGUGCUGGACGUCAGCAGCAUGUCCACCCCCCGCAAGCUUUUGGAUUCAUCACAGUUCAGCACACCUGGAUCAAGCAGUGUGCGUGACCUGCAGCAGGAUGUGCAGGCUGAACUCUCUGAAAUAGAUCCAGAAGAGAACAGUGCAAAGUUCAUGGGCAUCCUGAUAAAGGCCCUGGCCAAGUUGAAGAAAAUCCCAGAGACCAUUAAAGCCAUAAUGGAGCAUCUGGAACCUGAGCUGAAACAAAUCGUCAAGAGGUCCACCACUCAGAUAGCAGACCACGCUUACCAGAGAGGAGAGAACCUGGCCCAGGAGAGCAAGCCAAGGCUGCUGCUGGAACUGCUGGAGCUUUUGUUUGAUAAGUUCAAGGCUGUGGCCCAGGCUCACAGCGUGGUGUUGGCCCACCUGCAGGAGAUCGCUGUGCGGUGUCCGAGUGGGCCCCACGAGGAAGGCAUCAAGCUUUACGAGCAGGCGGACGUUUCUGCCAAAAUCCAGACCGUGCUGCAGGUUCUGCUGAUGGAGUACCUUGAUGUGAAGAACAGCCGCAGUGCCACGGAGCCCUCAGCUCAGCUCUCCUAUGCCAGCACCGGCAGCGAGUUUGCUGCUUUCUUUGCAAAGAAAAAACCCCACCGUGCCAAGCAGUCACUUUUCAAGUUUGAAUCCUCUUCCCAUGCCAUCAGCAUGAGUGCCUACCUGAGAGAGCAGAGGCGAGAACUCUACAGUAAAAGUGGAGAAUUACAAGGUGGCGCCGAUGACAACCUGAUCGAAGGGGGCGAAAUGAAGUUUGUGUGCAAGCCAGGAGCGAGGAACAUCACCAUGAUCUUCCAGCCUCUUCUCAGAUUCAUUCAGGAGAUAGAGAUGAACAUGGGACCAGGCCAGGCCAAGCCGUGCCAGCUCCGAGCCUUCCUCACUUACUACAUCAAUGACCUCUUCCUCAACCAGGUGCGAACGGAAAUAAACAAAGAAAUCGAGGCAGUCAGCAAAACAGCUGAUCCCUUGAAGAUCCUCGCAAGUGCAGAUACCAUGAAGGUUCUGGGCGUCCAGAGGCCCGUGUUGCAGAGCACGGUGGAUGUGGAAAAGUCCAUCCAGGAUCUAAUGAGCCUGAUGCAGGACUUGAGUGCCUACUCCAACCAGUUCCUCGAAAUGGUCUGUGACAAGCUCAAAGAGUACAAGGAAAUCUGCAACACUGCAUACAGGGGCGUCGUCCAGUGUGAGGAGAAGCUGACCAUCAGUGCUUCCUGGUCCAAAGACGAGGACAUCAGCCGGCUGCUCCAGUCGCUCCCCAACUGGGCAAACAUGGCCCAGCCCAGACACAAUCGACAGAAGAGAGAGGACGAAGAGGACUUCACCCGGGCGGCUUUUGCCAAGGAGUCAGAGGUGCUGACCGGGAACCUGGGUGACAAGCUAAUCCCCCAGAAUGAGAUCCUCCGCGAUGUUAGUGACCUAAAAGCCCUGGCCAACCUUCACGAGAGUAUGGAGUGGCUCGCUGGGCGGCUCAAGACGUUCUUCGCCGCCCUGCCUCAAGCCUCCGGCGCCUCUCCGUCCGCAGACAGCCAGGUUGUUGGGGAACGCAGCAGGGAGCAGAUUCUCCAGACGCUGAGCGACCUGUCCAGGGCUUUCCAGGACAUUGCUGAUCGGUGCCUGCUGGUAUUGCACCUGGAGGUCAGGGUGCACUGUUUCUUUUACCUGAUCCCUCUGACCAAGCAAGGGAAUUAUGCCAUAGUGGCGAACGUGGAGAGCAUGGACUACGACCAGCUGGUGGUCAGACUGAACAAGGACAUCUCUGCCAUAGAGGAGGCCAUGGGAGCCGCUCUGCAGCAGCACAAGUUUCAGUACAUCUUUGAAGGCCUGGGUCAUCUGAUCUCUUGUAUCCUAAUCAACGGAGCCCAGUACUUUAAGAGGAUCAGCGAAUCAGGUAUCAAGAAGAUGUGCAGGAACAUCUUUGUCCUCCAGCAGAACCUCACCAACAUCACUAUGUCCAGGGAGGCGGACCUUGACUUUGCCAGGCAGUACUAUGAAAUGCUGUACAACACUGCAGACGAGCUGCUGAACCUUGUGGUGGACCAGGGCGUUCGCUACACAGAGUUGGAGUACAUCAACGCCCUGUCCCUGCUUCAUCGCAGUCAGACGGGGGUAGGGGACCUGAGCACCCAAAACACCCGGCUGCAGCGCCUCAAGGAGAUCAUCUGCGAGCAGGCCGCCAUCAAACAGGCCACCAAGGACAAGAAGAUCACCACAGUGUAAAGAGUCCAGUAAAACAGGGCAUGCUACUGAGGGAUAUUUUAUUGAGUUGAAUUGCUAUUCAGAGAAAGGGGAACAGUGAACAUGUGUUCCAUGCAAAUAACCUCUGUCCUACAUGGCUCUGGAACAGGAAUAUUCAAGAAUAUGUGUUGCAGAAAAGUAGGUCAUUAAUGCCAGGAGACACUGUCAGGACAGAGGAUAUUUGUGAAUUGGGUCGUAAAACACUGAAAGAUGCUUUAUCUAGCCCCUUAUAUUAUAAUAUGUAAAAUCUGUAUAAAUAUAUUUGGCUGACAUAGAUCAGCCUAUAUAUAUGUCAUGUAUAUAUCAGCCUGUGCAGCACUGACUCACUCUAAUUGGAAAGCGAGCAACACAACUGCAAACCUCGCACAUCUAGUUCACUAUCUAUCCGUCUAUGUCACGUCAUGUAGUCCCAUGUAGUCAUUUUCCAGCUUUAAGGGACAACAAAUGCAGCGUGCACGCCCAGACUCUGACAGCCCCCUCCGCUCGCAGCGACUCCAACUCCAGAUAAAAGCCAAUUGUUUUGGACACUCACCCAAACUUAGGCCCUAUUGCAUCUCAUUUUCCUAUUAGAUCUAAACUGCUGCUCUCAAUUACACCUCUAUCUCUUUUCUACUGCCGUCCCCAUGGGCCCACUGAUUCUGUCUGCAAUAACAGAUGCCAGAUUAGACUGUCUGAAUGAGGCCACAUCUUCCUCCUGCUGCCAAUUUAGGUUGGUCCCCAAAGAUUUCCCUAGCCGUGAAUUGUAUCAUAUCUACAGUACGUCUGUUAAAAAUCUGUUUAUUGGACUUUUUCUUAUAGUUUGUGCACUAAACUUGUGUAUCUACUGUUGAAACUUGUUGAAACUGUUGAGCUGGUAAAACUAUUUUACAAACUGGACAAAGGAGACUAAAUCUGGUCUCAUGUUUAUUCUUCUGUACAAGCAGGGCUGGUUUUAUUUCAGUGGCAUAUAUUUCACAUUUCACGAGUCAUACUAGCUUCAUAAACUCAAACAAUGUGAAUCUUUAUUUUGCUGGAGUAUUUUAAAGUGAACCACGCGUAUAGGCUCGAGUCGCUCACAAAUCAUUUCCCUCGUUGCAGUCCUCCUCUUUUUUUUCGUUCAUUAACUUGGGAGAAAAGUACUUAACGAGAGGAAGAACAGGGGAACGGGAGCCUUGUCAAUACAGCGGGCCCGCGCUGGUCUCCCAGAAGCCCAUAGAGCAAUCCAUCAUAAUGACACAUAGGCAGGAAUCAAUGGCAAAACAACUGUGGAGCUGCUGAGGGAGUUCGCCUACCACUCUGAAACGUACACUUAGAAUAAAAUCUAGAAUCUGCUCAUUCAGCUGUUCACUUCAGAGCUACUUUUGUAAUGUUCUAAAUGGGAAACUUUAAUACAAUGUUAACCAGGUGUCAGGUCACAGACACAGAUGCUAUUAUACAUGUAAGACUAUAACACGGCACAAGCCAGUAGGAGUUGUUAUCUGGGCCUAAUCCAUCUACUCCUGCUGUCUGCUUUUUUUACUCAUGAAUUAAAUAUGUAAAGGAAAAGUUUUUUGUUACUAGGAGAACUCACCCUUUUCUUUGCACAUCUGUCAAAUAAGAGGAAUUGCAAAAAUUUAUGUUUGAAGUAAGAAUGUGUUGAUUUCUAUACAUGAAUCUGAUCUAGAGGAUUAUCUGAUCUUAUCUGAUAUGAUCUUUAAGGUUUGCCUCCUCUAAAUUAAGCACACGAGUUGUUAAUGUGUACACUAAUGAAAAUGAAAUAAACUAAUCAAAAUCCGA